CGACCCCUUCCUUCCUUCUUUUGCGCCGCUCCUCAAGCCAGAACAGCGAGAGAACGUGAUCGAUCGAAUUUCAAAAAAGGCACACACCUACCCCUGUGCUCCCGAGAUCACGAAAUUACUCUAUAUCUCCUGAUUACAUAAAUCGGGAGUUGGUGUUUCGUGGUUUUGCUAUUCCGUGUGUGUACCGUAAAACCUUCACUUCGACGCUCGCAAUUACUGCGUGAAGAGCCCAUCACAUUCAACAAAAUGUCGAACCUCGCCGAUCCGGUUGCGUUCGCGAAGGACUUCCUCGCCGGUGGUAUCUCAGCUGCCGUCUCCAAGACCGCGGUGGCGCCCAUCGAGCGUGUAAAACUGCUUUUGCAGGUACAGCACGUCAGCAAGCAAAUAGCCGCGGACCAGCGCUACAAAGGUAUCGUCGACGCCUUCGUCCGCAUUCCCAAGGAGCAGGGAUUGCUCUCAUUCUGGCGUGGUAACCUCGCCAACGUCAUCAGGUAUUUCCCCACACAAGCCCUUAACUUCGCCUUCAAAGACAAGUACAAGCAGGUGUUCCUCGGAGGCGUAGACAAGCACACCCAGUUCUGGCGUUACUUCGCUGGUAACCUGGCGUCCGGUGGUGCUGCCGGAGCCACCUCUUUGUGCUUCGUGUACCCACUCGACUUCGCCCGAACACGUCUCGCCGCCGAUGUCGGCAAGGGCGAUGGGCAGCGUGAGUUCACUGGUCUCGGCAACUGCAUCACCAAGAUCUUCAAGUCCGAUGGCCUGACCGGUCUCUACAGAGGCUUCGGUGUGUCCGUGCAGGGUAUCAUCAUCUACCGUGCUUCAUACUUCGGUUUCUACGACACCGCUCGCGGCAUGUUGCCCGACCCCAAGAACACCCCCAUCGUCAUCAGCUGGGCGAUCGCGCAGACUGUCACCACCGUAGCUGGUAUCAUCUCGUAUCCCUUCGACACGGUCCGUAGGCGCAUGAUGAUGCAGUCGGGACGCGCCAAGGCCGACAUCCUGUACAAGAACACUCUGCACUGCUGGGCGACCAUCGCCAAGACCGAGGGUGGCUCCGCCUUCUUCAAGGGCGCCUUCUCGAACGUCCUCAGAGGCACCGGUGGCGCCUUCGUGCUCGUCUUAUAUGAUGAGAUCAAGAAGCUCCUCUAAACAUAGUGUAAGAAUUGUUACCAUUAUUACAAUUGUGAUUCCGAAUCACCUAUGAUAGCCACACCUUUGAAAUCAUGUAUUAUUAGAAGCGAAAAAACAACUCUUAGUAACUUAUUUCUAGUUAAAUAAAAGUGUUAUACACUGAUUCCAACUUAUUUUGUUUUAUUAAAAAAUUGAAGUUACAUAAUUGCUUGCAAUAAUUAAAAGCAUAUUUGGAAUAUGGAAUUUGUUCCAAAUUCAAAUAUUUUUUUCUGUGAUCACUAUUGCUGCCAGUGAUAGUUAUGUAACCUCCAUACAUCUAUUUGAGGAUGAGGUUAUAUUUUUUCCAUCUAAACCAUCCUCUUGUGAUACUAUAGAAUUCAUGAAUGUUAUUUUCUUUUAAAUUAUUGGUAAUUUAGGUAACCAUUCUAACCUUGGUGUUAUGUAACAGUCCAUAGAGUAUGCUGUGAAUUGUCUAAAUCAUGUGAUUAUGUUAUGCAACAUGCCGACUUAGAAUAUUUCUUGUGCUAUGCAGUGUGAGUGGUUCUAUGUAGUAAAUUGUAAUCACUUUGUAAGUGUUUCACUGUAGUUGACAAACAUGUGGGCUAUUGUAACCAGGUAACUUUCAGUGCAUAUAAACUAAGUAGGAAGUGGAUUGCAAAUGUGAAAUCAUCAAUUGUAUCCUCGGUGUGAGUUUUUUGUAAUGAAAAAUUCAUGCAUUACGAGUGACUAUUAAAUAGAAAUGUUGAUAAAUA